UCACUGUGGAUAAUAACUCGUAACUGGUAACGAUUGUGUAAUUACUGGUGCUCAAGGCAUCGAGCAGUGUUUAUUUCUUAAAACUUGACGCGUGUCAAGGAAAUAUACAUCAGAUUUUAGCCGUUUGCCGAAGUAUCGUGUAAAAAGCAGUUGAGAGUUGAGAAGUGAACGGUGAGUGAGACAAUUUGUGUACGAACAUUUUCUUAGAAGGAACAAGGAUAAUUGUAAUGCAAUUGAUCGUGGGAUGCUGUAAUUGCGUGAGUUAUCGGUGCAAUCGUCACCGAACCGUAAAUUCGCGUGUGACAGAUCGUACAACGAUUAUUCUUCGAGUUUUACCGCCUGCCCCUAUUUCUUGGUCUCUUUCCUAAAUGCAUAGCGAUUCUUCACCAAACGAUUGCAAAUAGGGAAAAAGUGGAACAUUCUACUUUCACGUUCGACAAAGGUUCGAUUCUACCAUAGGGAUUAAGACGUGAGGAGCGAUAAUAACCGGGACAAGAAGUGUGUGUAGAAACGUAAUAGUGGUCUCUCCGAAUUCAAAGUGUAAAACAGGAAUUGACAGAAAGAAUAAAAAUGCUUCAGUUACCAGUGAUCGCUGUUUUGAUGAUAUCGAUAUUCGUUGGCAGUGUGUCUCCAGUACUGCAACAAGAAGGCCAUGAUAGCAACGUGAACGUAGUACACUUAGACGAAACAACCGCUAAUUUGGAUAAUAAUAGUAGCAAAGUGGACAAACCUUCGAUAAACACGGCGAACGAUGCGAAAAAAACUGUAAACGUAACAAAUAAGUCUAUGUUAGUGAAGAAUUCAUCCAGCAUAAACGAAACCACGGUCGGGGGGGAUAAAGAAAUAAAAAAUGAAAAGCAAAAUUGCACUUCCAAGAAGGAACAAGACGAUAUGCUGGGCUGUCAUGUAACACCAGCCGAUGAAGACAAUGAUAUUGAGCGAAAUACAACGUUAAAUAGUACAGAUCCUUCGAUAAAUACUACAGUUGCUACGAAUAGCAAGACUGAAGCCACUACGGAAUCUCAGGUAACAAACGUUCCUCCUCAUAAGGACGAAGAAGAAAAUGGCGGGAAGAAUAUGGAAACCAGUCAAAAUAAUACGCAGACCACAAAUCAAGUAUCUUACGACGUUGUGUCUGCUGAGACGAAUCACACCGCGGAUACUAAUAAUUCAGAUUCAAGCACGAAUUCAAAACACGAUCUUAAUACUAGUGAAGAAUCGAUUAAUACUGUACCGCCGUUAUUAGACGAUAAAGUUGAGGCAAGCAUGGGUUCCGAAAAUAUUGAAGCUGUAAAAUCUGUCGAUCAAGUAGAUAAUAACAAUAAGCAUAUGCCUUCAGGAAUUAUAGCGUUAGUUACUGCGAUCAGUUUUGCUGUAGCAAUUGCAUUGGUAUAUAUUGGAAUGAUUGUUUGGAGGCGAUAUAUCGAAUAUAGGUAUGGACAUCGAGAGUUACUCGUUAAUGAACUAGAAUUUGAUACUAAUGAUUUACGUCAUUUUGAGCUGUGAUUUCGGGAAAGCAGUAACCUGCAGAGAAGAAAAAAACUAAAUGAUUCACAGCUAAAGCUGAUACUAUGUAACU